CAGAAGCCGCCUCAUAAGCUGAUGAGUUUCCCUCAAACUCACACAACAUAACACAUUUUCACUCACUCAUUCACCUAGAAUGUGAGAGAGAGAGUCACAAGAGUAACUUUCCUAUUGGUUAAGAGAUAUGAGGAAGUAGACAAAAAAGAGUUCAGCUUUUUUAGAGUGAAAGUAAGAUCUUUUAAGUGCACAUCCAUUUUAGCUUAGCAGAGUUAAAAUAAAGAAAGUGAGACUCUCUCUCUCUCUCUGAGACCUAAAAUAUAGACUUAAUCUACACGCCAUUGCAUUACAUUACACUGUUGUUGUUGUUAUCUCUGAAUCAAUCAAACCAAAUCAGAUAAAGCCUCUCUCCCCAACCAUAACUUUUCUGCAUAUUAGGUAUUUUUUUUGCAAGAGAAACAUGUUGGACUAUGAAUGGGGUAACCCAACAAACAUCAUGCUUACAGGAAAUGAAGACAAUUCCUCCGCCGCAGCUUCCGAUCAAGCUCAGCGUCAAAUCUUCGACCACUAUGCUUCUCAAGCCAUGUUAUCCGACAACUACCUAAACGGGCCUGGGCCGACAAUCAACACAAACACUGGUGAAUUUACCCACCAUCACCAUCAGCAGCAGCAACAUCACUUUAGCCCACAAGCCCAACAGCAGCAACAUCAAAUUCACCACUCUUUUUUCGACCCACGCGCUUUCCAUGGCGCGUCUUCAACUGGUUCUUACCCUCCACCACAACCUCAACCUCCUUCUAUGCUCUCUCUAGACCCUCUAUCUGGUCAUCAUGGAGGACAUGGGUCUGGAUUCCUUCUCGUGCCCAAGUCUGAGGAUCUUAAUAGACCCAUGGACUUUGUCGGCUCGAGAAUUGGACUCAACCUUGGCGGCCGGACUUACUUUUCGUCUUCUGAAGACGACUUUGUCAGCCGCCUUUAUCGUCGGUCUAGACAGCCUGAACCGGGUUCAUUGGGUUCGUCCAACUCCCCGAGGUGUCAGGCUGAAGGAUGCAAUGCUGAUCUGUCUCAGGCGAAGCACUACCACCGCCGUCAUAAGGUUUGUGAGUUUCACUCCAAGGCUGCCACCGUCAUAGCCGCUGGGUUGACUCAACGAUUCUGCCAGCAAUGCAGCAGGUUCCAUCUUCUUUCUGAGUUCGAUAAUGGAAAACGUAGCUGCAGAAAGAGAUUGGCAGAUCAUAAUCGUCGAAGGAGAAAAACUCAGCACCCAAAUACUCAAGAUAUUAACAAAUCUUCAGAAAAUGCUGCUACAAGGUCCCCGCCGGAGUCGGGAACUCAAACUACAUCAUCGGUGACGGUGGCCGUUUCUCCACCGGAUUAUUUUCGACAAAAGUCUUACCAAAGCUCAAGCCCUUCAACAACAUCAAACUCAUUGUUUUUCUCCAGCGGGUAGUGUGCACGCACGCAAGCAAUAUUGUGUAGCUAGUAGUAACUAGGAGCAUGCAUCCCUGUUUAAUUUGCAUGGCUAAUUAAUUAAUAUAUAUUUUAAUUAAUAUAAUUCCAAGAAGAAAUUAAUUAAUGGAGGAGCGUCACUGGCAACAACAAUAAUACUUAUGUAAUAGUUAAGUGAAGUCCCACUUGUAACCUUUCUCCCAAAAUUAAUUUCAAAUUAAGUAUUGUGUUGUAA